GACACGCAGUGGUGGUGGGGUUCACCCGGCACGUUGAUACAAUGGACAGAACCUGGAAAUAUAUAUGUCAGCUCGCCUCACUGUCAUAGCAUUAGAUGGUGCUGAGCCGGAAGAGUUCAAGUUCGUGGGGGUGGAAAGGAUUUUUUUUUCUUUCUACUUCUUGGUACAAUUUCUAUUUCAGUGUGUGUUCAUUGGGUGUAAAGGGACACGCCCACCUCGAGUGACCCAUUCAGGAAAUGUUGAUUGAAGGCCCAAUGGAACCACAGCACUGAUUCAACACAGUUUUCACAUCUAGGUCAAGUUCACCUACCGUCGGCGCCGGACUUUGGACCAACCCAUGCGCCUUGGCUAACAGCAUACGGCCCCCCUUACAGGUGAAUCGGAGCACACUCAAGGUCAGCGAGUAAAAUGAUUGGACCUUUUAUCUUCGCGUGUCUGUUCAUCAGCGUACACGCACUGGGGCUCUCGGCAAACUACACACCGGAAUAUGACGCGUACCUCGAUCCUUGCAAGGCCGCAGGCUUCAUGCACGACGUGGCCAUGGACUACGAGGACUACAAUGGCGACGCCGGCAGGCUGAUGCUCGAGUUCUUGAUGCGGAAGAACAACGACUCUGAUCCGCUGCACGAGCUGCAGGUCGAGGAUCCCGUCAGCCACCGCGCGCCGAGACACAACUUCCGGUCGCGAGAGGAGAGGAUUGUCCAGCUUCAAGCGGAUACGGAAGAUUUGAAAACAUAUCUGGAGGCCCAAAAAGCGGAUUUGUUGAAACCGUGCAAGCUGAAAAAUAAAAUCAAGUGCAAGAAUGUGAAGAAACAGCUGAAAGACGAGAUCAAGGUGACGAGGAUGAAGUGGAACCAGUCGAGGAGAGAGUUGACCAGACUCCAGGAAGAGAACCACGCCAGCCCAAAACAAGAAAGCACCGAGGCUGUUCCGUCGUAUCGUAAAACGAAAAACAGAAAACGCAAAGUCAGGAAGUCGAAAAGUUUUAAAAAGAUGGUGCAUUCGAGAAGCCGAAGAGCCGCCACGGCUGUGAAAGAAAGACUUUGGGAGUUCGGCAUUAUCCCGUACCACAUCGAGGCGAAGUUUUCUGCCGCGAACAAGGCUCUGUUCCAGCAAGCCAUGAAACACUGGGAGAACUACACCUGCAUUGUGUUCAAAGAACGAGAACACGAUGAUCAGAACUAUGUUGUGUUCACGGAAAGCGCUUGCGGCUGCUGUUCGUUUGUGGGGAAACGAGGCAACGGUCCUCAAGGGAUCUCUAUCGGCAAGAACUGCGACAAAUUCGGGAUAGUCGUCCACGAACUGGGUCACGCCGUUGGGUUCUGGCAUGAACACACGCGACCAGAUCGAGACGCGCACGUGCAGAUUAAUCUGAAAAACGUCAUGCCGGGUCAGGAGUAUAAUUUUAAAAUGCUGACACACGGGGAUGUGAACUCUCUGAACGAGACCUACGACUACGGGAGCAUCAUGCACUACGCCAGGAACACCUUCGGCAGGACUACGUACGUCGACACGAUCCUGCCUUUGAAAAAACCUGGCAUUGUGGUCAGACCGGAAAUUGGCCAGCGGGUCCGGCUGAGCCCGGGGGAUAUCGAGCAGGCCAACAAACUUUACAACUGCCCAAAGUGCGGGCGAACGCUGCUGGAGGCUAGCGACAGGUUCAACCACUCGUCUACAGCCGGGGUCGCUGACCUGUGCCAGUGGCGCAUCUCCGCCACCCACGGGGAGACCAUCGUGCUCAACAUCACCAGACUCAGCUUCUACAAGCGCACAAACUGCGAGACGGACUACCUAGAAGUCAGGGACGGACACUACGUCAAAUCCCCCCUGCUCGGCCGCUUCUGCGGUGACCGGACCCCCCCUCUCCUGACCUCGACUGGGCACCGGAUGUGGAUUGAGUUCCGGUCGAGACACGGGGCGAGUUUUGAUGCGGAGUACGAAGCGAUCUGCGGAGGGGAGAUCAGCAAGGAAGACGGGAUGCUUUCAAGUCCGAACUACCCUGACCCGUACAGACCUCAGAAGCUGUGCGUCUGGAAGAUCACGGUGGAGGAAGGCUUCACCACGGCGCUCAAGUUCCAGUCGUUUGAGAUAGAGAAUCACGAAAACUGCGUCUACGAUUACUUGGAGGUGCGAGACGGCGCUACGGAACUUUCCCCGCUGAUCGGAAAAUUCUGCGGCUACACCAUCCCGGAUGAUAUUCAGUCAACCGGACGUCAUCUUUUCGUCAAGUUUUUCAGCGACGCCUCCAUCCAGAAGGAAGGAUUCCGGGCGACGUUUGUCAAAGAGUUGGACGAGUGCAAAAACAACGACCACGGGUGUGACCACAUCUGCGUCAACACUUUAGGCAGCUACAGGUGCGAGUGCAGGAUCGGCUACGAGUUGCAUUCGGACGGAAAACGCUGCGAAAACGCCUGCGGUGGGUACAUCCACGCCGAAAACGGUACCAUCACGUCACCGUCGUAUCCCGAGUUCUACCCCGCCAACAAACAUUGCGUGUGGCAGAUCGUGGCGCCAAGCGACCACAAGAUUAACAUCAACUUCACGUAUUUUGACAUCGAAGGCCAAAACCAAGGAUGCGAGUACGACUCGGUGAUUAUCGACCGUGGUUUGAACGAGGAAGGCAAACAAGACGUUUUCUGCGGCAACACCAUUCCCGCGCCAGUCACCUCGGAGAAAAACACGCUAAAAAUAGAAUUCAAAUCGGAUAGUUCCGUUCAGAAAAAAGGUUUCACAGCUUUCUUCAGAACCGACAAAGACGAAUGCGCAGUAAACAACGGCGGUUGUCAUCACGUUUGUAAAAACACUGUCGGAAGUUAUCACUGCGCAUGUCAGAGCGGGUUCACCCUACACGAGGACAUGCACGGGUGCAAGGAGGGCGGGUGCCAGACGGAGACUUCCGCCCACCAAGGAAAAAUUUCCAGCCCGAAUUUCCCGGAAAACUACCCCAGCAAGUCCGACUGUGUCUGGCACAUCAGCACGGUGCCGGGUCACAGAAUACGCCUGAAAUUUCUCGUCUUUGAGCUGGAGCCCCACCAGGAAUGCACCUACGACCACAUCGUCGUCUUCGACGGUUCCGACAGCACCGCCGAUCGUCUGGGAACCUUCUGCGGGGCCGUUGUACCCGACCCCAUCAUCACCAACACCAACAGCAUGUACAUCAUGUUCUUCUCCGACGCUUCCGUCCAGCGGCAGGGUUUCGACGCCGAGCACGACACCCUCUGCGGGGCGUACAUGUGGGCCACGACGGCGCCCCAGACGCUGGUCUCCCACGCCCGCUACGGUGACCACAACUACCGGCACCGCGAGGACUGCGAGUGGAAGCUCCAAGCCCCGGAGGGUUCUCAAAUCAGAAUCGUCUUCACCGCCUUCCAGCUUGAGCACGAGGCCGAGUGCCGUUACGACAACGUGAAAAUCUUCAACGGAAAACAGACGUCUAGCCCGGUCUUCGGUCCGUUCUGCGGCAACGACUUGCCGGAUCCGAUAGUGUCCGCGACGUCUUAUCUAGUUAUACACUUCCACUCCGAUGAUACUCUCAACAGAAAAGGAUUUGCAUUAACCUUUCAGGCGGUCCUGCCGACUAGUAUAGAGGAAAUCUAGCCCCCCAUGUCCAACACUUGUGAUAUUUUUUAAAAACUUUUUUAAACCAACCAUUUGCAUGUUAAUGUUGUAUGUCUGUUGUGUUAAUUGGUAAUGUUGUAUAAAAUCUGUACAAAGUUUCUUUUUUUUAAAAAUAAUUUUAUAAUAAAAAAAUGAAAGUUUAUUAUUGAAUCCACAAUUAUAACAUUUUAAAAAUGUUUUCUUUUUAAAUUUUACGGUAUUAAAUAUCAUUUGCACC